GCAGCGAGCGCGGCUCGCCUCGGCGCCCGGGCAGCUCCACAUUGUUGCGGAUCGCCCGCACCGGGCGCAGCGGCGGCGGCGGGGACUCGCGGAGCCCCCCGGCCCUCUCCCCACGCUCCUCCAAGACCGCGAAGCCCCGAGCCUCGCGGGCAGCUUGGCCGCCGCAGCCGCACACCACAAGCCUGGGCCCGGAGCCCUCCGCAGCGCCCGGCCACCCUCGGAGAGCGGCCGGCCAUGGACGCUUGCAAGUUGGAGCCGAGCGGGAGGGUGUGAGCAGCGCGCCCAGGGCCGGGAGCCUGCGCCGCUCUAGCCCGGCAGCCGGGCGCGCCGGGGGUGGGUCCCUCUCCCCAGCCCGGCUCUGCGUGGAAGGAGAGGGCGGGGACCGGGGCAAGUAGGAGAGCAGCGGAGGAGGCGAAGGGGGCAUGACUCGUGCAACUUGCGGCGGGCAUCUGCCGAGGCUCUGAGCCGGCGGCAGCCCGGGCCCGGAUUGCGGCCGCGCGGAUCCCACCCGGCCCACCCCGCCCCGGCCGACGGCUGCGGCUGACCUGGAUCCUCCGAGCGCCCGCCGGCCGCCAGCCCUCCGCCCUCGUCUUCCAGGCUGGUUUCUGGAGCUCGAGGAGCGCCCUCCUGGCCGCCCCUUUCGCCGAACCCCCGCCCCCCGAUGGCUCGGAUGGGGCUUGCGGGCGCCGCUGGACGCUGGUGGGGACUCGCUCUCAGCCUGACCGCCUUCUUCCUCCCAGGCUCUCACACGCAGGUGGUGCAGGUGAACGACUCCAUGUAUGGCUUCAUCGGCACGGAUGUGGUUCUGCACUGUAGCUUUGCCAACCCACUGCCCAGUGUGAAGAUCACCCAGGUCACAUGGCAGAAGGCCACCAACGGCUCCAAGCAGAACAUGGCCAUCUACAACCCAACCAUGGGCGUGUCGGUGCUGCCCCCCUACGAGAAACGAGUGGAGUUCCUGCGACCCUCCUUCAUCGAUGGCACCAUCCGCCUCUCCCACCUGGAGCUGGAGGAUGAGGGCAUGUACAUCUGUGAAUUUGCCACCUUCCCUACAGGCAACCGUGAAAGCCAGCUCAACCUCACUGUGAUGGCCAAGCCCACCAACUGGAUCGAGGGUACUCAGGCAGUGCUUCGAGCCAGGAAAGGUCAGGAUGACAAGGUCUUGGUGGCCACCUGCACCUCAGCCAACGGGAAGCCUCCCAGUGUGGUGUCCUGGGAGACACGGCUAAAGGGCGAGGCAGAGUACCAGGAAAUUCGGAACCCCAAUGGCACGGUGACAGUCAUCAGCCGCUACCGAUUGGUGCCCAGCAGGGAAGCCCACCGGCAGUCCCUGGCCUGUAUCGUCAACUAUCACCUGGACCGCUUCAAGGAGAGCCUUACACUCAACGUGCAGUAUGAACCUGAGGUGACCAUUGAGGGCUUUGAUGGCAACUGGUACCUGCAGCGGACAGAUGUGAAGCUUACAUGCAAAGCAGAUGCUAACCCUCCAGCCACUGAGUACCACUGGACCACGUUGAAUGGCUCUCUCCCCAAGGGUGUGGAGGCCCAGAACAGAACCCUCUUCUUCCGGGGACCCAUCAACUACAGCCUGGCAGGAACCUACAUCUGUGAAGCCACCAACCCCAUUGGCACCCGCUCAGGCCAGGUGGAGGUCAAUAUCACAGAGUUCCCCUACACCCCGUCUCCUGAACACGGGCGGCGCGCGGGCCAGAUGCCCACGGCCAUCAUUGGGGGCGUGGCAGGGAGUGUCCUGCUGGUGCUGAUUGUGGUUGGAGGGAUCGUAGUGGCCCUGCGCCGCCGCCGGCACACCUUCAAGGGUGACUACAGCACCAAGAAGCAUGUGUACGGCAAUGGCUACAGCAAGGCAGGAAUCCCCCAGCACCACCCGCCUAUGGCACAGAACCUGCAGUACCCAGAUGACUCGGAUGACGAGAAGAAGGUUGGCCCACUGGGUGGGAGCAGCUAUGAGGAGGAAGAAGAAGAGGAGGGCGGCGGAGGUAGUGAUCGCAAAGUGGGCGGACCCCACCCCAAAUAUGACGAGGACGCCAAACGGCCCUACUUCACUGUGGAUGAAGCUGAGGCCCGUCAGGACGGCUAUGCGGACCGGACUCUGGGCUACCAGUAUGACCCUGAACAGCUGGACUUGGCUGAGAACAUGGUUUCUCAGAACGACGGGUCUUUCAUUUCCAAGAAAGAGUGGUAUGUGUAGCCCCGCCUUCUGAAGCCUCUGUCUGUGCCCACUUCUCCCUGGCCCCUACCCGCACGUCCCCUGCCCACCCCCACAGCCCACUGCCCCAGGAGCUCGACAAAGACUUGACCAGCUGCCCUAAAACCAGCCCCAAACUCCUGGGGAGCCAGGGGAGCUCAGGGCAGACCCCACUUGGCUUCGUUUUUUUAUUUCCUCCCUCACCCCCCCCUUCCCCAUGGUGUUGUGUUCGACCGUGGCUUUGGUGUUGCCGUAUCUUUCCUUUAAGGACCCCUUCCACUGUGUAGGGAGCCCUGUUCUUGUCUUGUGUACUUGGGCAUCCCUUCAGGGUUUGGGGAGCCAGUCCUCUCCCAUCCCCCCAACACUGGAAUUUGUUUGUGUUCUCUUUAUUGGGGGUGGAGGGCAAAGGGAGCUUCAAGAUGAAGCGCACCCCCACCCCACCCCACAUGCUGCUCCUCUUCCCAGAGAGAGGUAACCCAAUGCCCCCCCACUAAGCUGAUGCAGCCAGUGCACCUAAGAGGUUUUAGGGGUGUUCUCCACGGUACCCACGGGAGUCUUGUCUGUGAAAUAAUGGAGCUGAGUGAGGUUCCUGCUAGGGUCCUGGGCAGUGUGGUUUCUUGGUGAGGGUGGUUUUAUGUUUUCCCUUCUUCCUUCUGGCCUACAAAAUAGAGUUGGCCUCGCUCUCAUAUAUCCCCCUCUUUUGUCCCCAAGUCUGUUCUCAACACAGUGGGCAACCCCAGGUGGACUCCACCCACAGUUCCUAUAUGCCUCUGCCAACACAUGCACACAUAUCCAUGUGCACACCCCCGGGUCUAUGCCAACCUUCCCCAGUGCUCUCAUGGCCUGCCCAGGCUGAGCACUGCCCUGGGCCCAAGCCUCUGCUCCGGCACUCUCCGCUUCUCCCCCUCAGGAAGGGGUUGGCCCACAUAAGCAUUCAGAGACAGCUAGGAUGAACCACCCAGCUGCUGCCACUCUAAGAUUUUGGUAUAGCUCCAACCUUUCCUUCCAGCGUACAUGUUUCUCAGAUUUCCCCUUAUCUGUCAGGUGCGAGCAACACUUGACUCUUCUGGAAAGUCAGGGCUGGGAUCCCAGGGAGAAAUUUGAGGCAAAGAAGAAUUUGUGUGGAGAAGGCAGCCUUGUGGAAGCUCUGCAAACACAAUCUGGUAGACUGAAGGGGACUGUUAGUGUCUCAACAGGAAGGCCAGCCUAGAUGUCACCAGUCUCAGAGAAAGUGCAGGGGCACCUGGGAACCUGUUGAUUAUUCAGUCUGAUCCCUGCUCAAUUUCUCCUGGUGCCAUGCUGAGAGGAGGGGGGGACCAUGGAAGGGCCCUCCUUUGCAUGCAGACUCCCUCUUUGAAUGGGACUCUGGCGUUUUCAGCCAUUUGGGGCUAGGCCUUCCCUUGAGUGCACAGAGAAAGGCCCCCCUCCCAACCCUCCGUCCCCAAGCUCAAAGUGCCUCAGUUUCUCCAUCUGUGCCCCACAGAUUCCCCACAUUCUAAAUGGGUAUGCCUAUGCCCUGGGGUCGGCAAAAUGGACUUCAAGAGCCCUCGGGCCUGCCUGCUAGGAUCUCGGCUAACUCAGCCCAAGGUGAUACUCUCUGAGGAAUAGCAAAUGUUGGGGAGAGGGAGGCAGACCAUUCUGUGCCCCACGGUCACUGACCACCCUGCCAUAGGCUUCCUAAGGGAGCCCCAGCCCUCACCCACUCCCUUCCCUGGUGCUGCUAUUGAAUUCCCAAUCCAAACACCAUCUCUGGUGCCCCUCAGCCCACCAACUGGGGCCCUUUCGCCAGGCCCUCACUGCCCUAGUCCCAACCCAGGCCUCCCAGUAGCCAUGUAGCAGAAGUCUGAAGCCAUGCCAGCCCUGGGGCAGCUCUCCCCUCUUGGCACUGGGGACGCUGGAUGGGGUGAAGUUUGAAGAAGAAAGCUCUGGGGCCUUUCUAGCCACAGGGCAGAGUAAGAUGGAGCUGGGCUGCUUCCUCCAGCAGUAUUAAUGUCCCUCCCAUGCCAUACCACUUCCCUGCUCCUCGCACCACUCUGGUCUCUCUGCUUGGUCCUCUGACCCCCAAGGCAGGAGGCAGAACCCUGACUCCCUCAUAGAGGAAUUUUUAUCCCUAUGGAACCGAAAGACUGAAAGGACCCACCCUCCUGUAUCUCUCUUACCUUUCACUGUCAUCCCCUUAUUUUGUGAUAGACCGAGGAGGCCCUGGGCUGGGACAAGCAUCUAAGUUCCCCUGUAGAUACCUGCACACCAUUCCCCCAAGCAAAGCACAAUUUAUAGGGUCCAUGCAGCAGGAUUCAGGUUCCCAGCUGUGGCACCAAUUCCAGGCAGCUGCCACCUGGGCUGAGAGGGGACACGAGGGAGGGGCCAAUAGCUGGGCCUAAGGAGGCGGGGCUCUCUUUGCUCCUGCGUUUGUGGGGCAGUGGACACAGUCAGCUGACAGCGGAAGGCCCGGAGCAGCAGAGCAGAGGGCAUUCUGCUUCACUUUCAUGACCCCGACACAGCUGAGCUCCUGCCAUACUGCUGAGAAUCAGCUUGGUGUGUCAACCGCCAAGGCCUCUCUCUCCAGUUGUUGUCCCUCGCUGGUCCCCCUCUCCUGUCCCUCCACUGCUUCUGGACUCCCGUUUACCCACAGAUUUUGAUAUUGUUCUGAUGUGAAACAAUUCUCCAAGUCUCUUUUACCAGAAGGACCUGAAAAAAAAAAAAAAAAAAAAAAAAACAGCAGCACAUAGUCAGUGAAUACACGCCCAGCACACCGACACACGCCUUCCACAGACCAAGCACAGGCAGGUGUGAGCACAAGUACGCACGUGAGGAAUGAGAAGCCCUUACUAAUGCUCAGGCCCAAGACAGAUGGACAGGGGUCCAAGCCCCGGGAAGGUGCCCCUCUGCCAGCCACCCCUGUGUGCCCCGGUCACUGGUGCAAUAACUUUUCUGCCAUCCUUGAGGUGGGAGAAUCAGGACUUAUGUCGGGGGUUUGGGACCACUCCUCUGAGCCAAGCAGGACACUGCAUUCCCUUUCCUGAGAGGAGGGCGGUGCUCCCAGGCCUCUGGGGGUCCAGGUAGAGACAUCCCCAAGCCUGACUGCCAACUGAAACCCUCUCCUGGUGAGGGCAGGUGGCUCAGGUUGAGCCGGGCCAGAGAUACCCAGAGGUGAGGAACCCAGCCUCACCGAUGCUGCUUUCUGACCCUGGCUGUGAGGAAUGGGCUUGGGGGGGGAGGGGAGGUGACUUUUUUUUUUUUUAAACAAAUGGAAACAAAAUCCAGGAGAAGCUGCCACCCUCGCCUCUGAGUGUGGCUAGCUUCCUUUGCUUCAGUUUCUUCCUCACUGUUUUCCUCUUUGGUCCUGGGGACAGCCCAGCAGAUCCUGGUCUUGACCUGGAGGGGGGAGGGUUGCCCCACCCCCUUUUACUUGUAUUAAAAAAAAAAAAAAGAUGGGUUGAAAAUGUACUGAGAAAAAAAAAUGUACUUUUUUAUAAAUAAAGUGUUUAAAACAA